UGGUGGCGUCUCUCACUAUUAUAAAUACUUGUCCAUUGUCUACCAGUUAUCUCAUCAACUUGAGAGUUUCUUUCAUUCUUACUUCGAAAAACCCAAAACACACUUAUUAUUUGUUGCAACAAUGACCUCAGUUGUAGUUGGAAAUAAUGUUGUGAAACAUAUUGCAGAAGAGAUCAUUCGCCCCGUUGCCGACUUUUCUCCAAGUCUAUGGGGUGAUCGUUUUCUUUCUUUCUCCAUCGACAACCAGGUUGAACAAAGGUAUGCUCAAGAGAUUGAAGUGUUGAAGGAAGAAACAAGGAGUAUUUUGUUAGCUACCGGAAGGAAAUUGGCUGAGACGUUGAAUUUGAUUGAUGUUAUUGAACGCCUUGGCAUUGCCUAUCACUUUGAGAAAGAAAUCAAUGAGAUUUUGAAUCAGAUUUACAAAGAAAAUUCAAACUUUGAGAGCAAUGACAAUAAUGAUGAUCUAUGCACUUGUGCUCUUCAAUUUCGAUUGCUUAGGCAACAUGGUUACAAAAUCUCCCUAAAAAUUUUCACCAAAUUCCUUAAUGGAGAUGGCAAACUCAAGGAGUCUCUUGCUAGUGAUGUCUUGGGAUUAUUGAGUUUGUAUGAAGCUUCACAUGUAAGGAUUCAUGGUGAAGACAUCUUAGAAGAUGCACUUGCUUUCUCCACUACUCAUCUUCAGUCCGCAGCUCCACAUUUGAACUCUCCUCUUAAGGAGCAAGUGACGCAUGCCCUUGAGCAAUCCUUGCACAAAGGUAUUCCUCGAAUUGAGAUUCGAUUCUUCAUCGCAUCAAUCUACGAGAAACAGGAAACAAAGAGUGAUGUGUUACUUCGAUUUGCCAAGUUGGAUUACAACUUGCUCCAAAUGUUGCACAAACAAGAACUUGCUGAAGUAUCAAGGUGGUGGAAAGAUUUGAAUUUUGUGAACACACUUCCAUAUGCUAGAGAUAGAGUAGUUGAAUGCUACUUUUGGGCAUUAGGAGUAUAUUAUGAGCCUCAAUAUUCUCAAGCUCGUGUCAUGCUCGUUAAGACCAUAGCAAUGAUUUCGAUUGUGGAUGACACCUACGAUGCUUAUGGUACUACUGAAGAACUUGCCACAUACACGGAUGUCAUACAAAGAUGGGAUAUUAACGAAAUUGAUCAUCUCCCUGAUUACAUGAAAAUCAGUUAUAAAGCUAUUCUAGAUCUUUAUGAGGAUUAUGAAAAGGAAAUGUCUAGUGAUGGAAGAUCUCAUGUUGUCUGUUAUGCAAAAGAAAGAAUGAAAGAACUGAUAAAAAGUUAUAAUAUUGAGGCAAAAUGGUUUAUUGAAGGGCAUAUGCCACCUGCUUCUGAAUACCUACGCAAUGCAUUUGUAACUACCACUUACUACUUCCUUGCCACAACAUCGUAUUUGGGCAUGACGGAUGCAAAAGAGCAAGAAUUUGAGUGGCUGUCAAAAAAUCCUAAAAUUCUUGAAGGUUGUGUGGCAAUAUGCCGAGUUAUUGAUGACAUAGCCACAUACGAGGUUGAGAAAAAUAGGGGACAACUUUCAACAGGAAUUGAGUGCUACAUGAGAGACUAUAGUGUAUCAACAAAAGAUGCAAUGGCUAAAUUUCAAGAAAUGGGAGAGUCAGGAUGGAAGGAUAUUAAUGAAGGAAUGCUUAGGCCCACUCCUAUCGCUAUGGAGUUUUUAUCUCGUAUUCUCAAUCUUGCUCGGCUUGUGGAUGUUACAUAUAAACACAACGAAGAUGGAUACACUCAUCCUGAGAAAGUGUUAAAACCUCACAUUAUUGGCAUGGUUGUUGACUCUAUCAAACUUUAAGUUGUCAAUUGUUGGUUUGUGGUUUUGCAGUGACUGCCAAAAUUUUAAUUUGUUCUUUAUGUCAUUUAUUGCUUGUACAGUCCAUAGUGACUCUUGUAUUCUGUAAUAUUAUGUUCUUUUACCCAAUAAAAGAAAGAAGUACUUCUAAUA